AUGAGAUAUGAUUGCCUCCCGACACCGAGAAACAAAGUUAUCGUCACCUUGACUAGGUGGGAUUCUGACUUAGAGGCGUUCAGUCAUAAUCCCCCAGAUCUUCGAACCAUUGACCGAUCGGUCAAGUCCAUGAACCAAAUGUCUGAACCUGCUGUUCCUCUCGUACUAAGCAGGAUUACUAUCGCAACAAUAUGUCAACAGUAG